CUUGUUGUUGUCCGGACGGGAGAAGCGGAGGUCGCUGGUUUGCUUGCUCUCUGUGGUGCUCUGUGUUGGUGGACGACAGGUCGGUCGCGAAAGUGGGCGCUGUGCAGGGGGGCGAGGCUAUGUCGUGGUGGCAGCCCGGAUGGGCCGGCAGGGCCUGGAGUAACGGGACGUCGCCGCAGAGCUUCUUCCCCCGGACACGGCGCAGUCCGAACGGAGGCCGCUGCGCCACCCUGCGGCUCUGAGGAGCCCGCACCGCUCGGAGCCCGCCACGCCUUUGCCCGACACCGACGCGGAACAGCCUGGCCGGCCUGAUCUUGCUAAGCCCAGGCAGGCAGCACUAGCCCCUCUGGAACAAGGAGUCCCCUCCCCAAGGUCAUGAAGCUGUUGGAGAACUCCAGCUUUGAGGCCAUCAACUCACAGUUAACUGUGGAGACUGGAGAUGCCCACAUCAUUGGCAGGAUUGAGAGCUACUCAUGUAAGAUGGCGGGAGACGACAAGCACAUGUUCAAGCAGUUCUGCCAGGAGGGCCAGCCCCAUGUCCUGGAAGCACUGUCCCCACCCCAGACCUCCGGCCUCAGCCCCAGCAGACUGAGCAAGAGCCAAGGUGGUGAAGAUGAGGGCCCCCUCAGCGACAAGUGCAGCCGAAAGACCCUCUUCUAUCUGAUCGCCACUCUCAAUGAGUCCUUCAGGCCAGACUAUGACUUCAGCACAGCCCGAAGCCAUGAGUUCAGCCGGGAGCCCAGCCUCAGCUGGGUGGUGAAUGCAGUCAACUGCAGCCUGUUCUCUGCUGUGCGAGAGGACUUCAAGGACCUGAAGCCACAGCUUUGGAAUGCAGUGGAUGAAGAGAUCUGCCUGAAUGAAUGCGAUAUCUACAGUUAUAACCCAGACCUGGACUCAGACCCUUUCGGGGAGGAUGGCAGUCUCUGGUCCUUCAAUUAUUUUUUCUACAACAAACGACUGAAGCGAAUUGUCUUCUUCAGCUGCCGCUCUAUCAGUGGUUCCACCUAUACACCCUCAGAAGCAGGCAAUGAACUGGACAUGGAACUGGGUGAGGAAGAGGUGGAGGAAGAAAGUGGAGGCAAAGGCAGUGAGGGUGGGGCUGAGGAGACCAGCACUGUGGAGGACAGGGUCCCAGUGAUCUGUAUGUGAUGAGAGGAGCAGAGGCUCCAGCUUCAUUCAGCUUCAACCAAUGCCUGGACCUGCCCACCUUGAGGGGCCCCAGGGCCUCCCCAGCUGAUGGCCAUACCCUGGCGCUACCACAAUCCUGGUGCUGCGCAAGGUCAUACCUGCCUACCCUUUUGGCACCAGCCUGUGGAUGUCCACUCACCCCUGCAGGAUCCUAUUGCCCAUGCUGUGGCUGGACUAGACAGCACAGGGCCUUGUGGGAAAAGUGACUGCCCUGUCCAGAUGGACUGCUGUAAGCAGAGAUGGACCACAGAGUUUAUUUUUAUAUUUCCUACUGGGUCUGCACACUCCAGCCCCAAGGACCAAUGUCCUAAGGCUCCACAAGCAGUCCCUAGUGGUCAGUGGCUCUGGUCUUGGGCCAGCCCCUGGUGCCCAUCUGUCCCCCUACUUCCCCAGGAGGACUGCGUGCACUGAGUGUUACUUUGCUGCAGCUCAUUUGUUUUCAAUAAAAGUUUCUGUGACUUAGUACAGA